CAUCCUCCGGGAGCAAGAUUGUCAAAUCAACAUUUUUCUUUUUUUCCCCUCCGACUCCGCGAUGCUGCGGUUUUGCCCGUUGAGCUUGAAGAUAAUGGAGAAGUUCGUGGAGGUGCGGGAGGCCGUGAGGGAGGACUGCCAAGAGAUCCGCGCUCUCAUCCAGGUACGUUUUGUCAAACGAAAAGCACAUCCGUCUUGUGCGUGUACAGUUUUGGAAAAAGACGGCUUCGACCGCGAAGAUCCGCUCUUCAAGUGCUACGUCGCGAGCUGCGACGGCAAAAUCGUCGGCUACGCCCUGUACUUUUACAUCUACUCAACUUUGGACCCCAGAGCCAUACACUUGGAGGAUUUGUACGUGACUCCCGAGUACCGCGAAAAGCACAUCGGCAGUCGCCUCUUCGACACAGUGGCCAAGCAAACUUUUUCAGAAAGGUGCCCGUAUUUGGAUUUCGCGGUGCUCGGCUGGAAUCCAGCGCGGAGCUUUUACAAAAACAAGGGGUCGGUCGAUCUCACGGAAACGGAAGCUUGGCGCAUGUAUCGACUCGGCCAGGAUUCGCUCAAGCAUUUAGCGACAAAUUAUGCAAAUGGUCAGUGCGAGGUGCGCCAAGCCGAGUCGGGUGAUUUCGAUACCAUCAAAAGAUUGGCCGAGGAGGCGUCUUUCAAUACUACCACACGAAAGAUCAAAGACGAGAAGCCGAAGAUUGACGACGUGUCGAUUGUUAUUGAAGGGAACAAUACCAAAGGAGAUAAUACGUACUACGGAUAUCUGGUUGGCGUGUGGAAUAAAAAUGUAGUCGGAUACGCAUUGUACUGUUACGCGUAUUCCACUUGGGAGGGAAAAUCGAUGUACCUCAUGGAAUUCUAUGCGUCACCCGGCGAACACAAUUCGAACGUGAGGGACAAUUUGUUUUCUGCCGUGGCUAAGAAAGCGUACGAGGACAAAUGCUGCAGGAUCGACUUUUGGGUGUUGGACUCGAAGAACGAGGGCAAGUUUUACGUGUCCAAUGGCGCCGUCGAUCUCACCGAGAGCGAAGAAUGGCACCUCUACAGACUAUAUGAACUCACCAAGAAGUCAUCGUAAUGUAGUACGGAUCGAUCGCUACAUAUACAUGCAUAAAUCGUCCACAUAGAUCAUUUGCGAAAACAAUACAUAUACACCAUAUAUAUAUACUCGUCAAUCACGCUUAAAGUAUUACGUGGACAAUACUGAAAAAUAAAAAUGCACAAAAGCCUUUUUUAUACUAUGGACAAAUGUGUUUUUAAAAAGUAAAAAGAAAGAGCCAUUUGUCAAUACUUUGUUGCGUUGUAGCGUCGAUCGAUUUCAAGUGCAACUUGAGUGUACAGGUAUAAAAGAAGAAUAUUCUCGUAGUUAAAAAGCCGCAAAGUUUUUUCCUUACCUGCAAGUGCGCCAACGGAUGGAUAUUAACAAACUGAUGUACAAAUAUAGCACCAAAAGUCGAGGAGGCGACACAGCGAGACUGCAGGCAUCGGUUAUUGUCACGGCCACGUACGUGCGCGUAUUGUAUACAAAAGUGAA